UUAAAAUCCAUGUGGUGAAGGGAGCCGGAGCCGGCAGCGCCCGGGCUGCGGCACUGCCCUGGCACUGCCGUGACAGUACCGUGACACUGCUGUGACACCGCCCCGGCUCUGUCCCGGCUCUGUCCCGGCUCUGUCCCGGCUCUAUCCCGGCUCUAUCCCGGCUCUGUCCCGGCUCUGUCCCGGCUCUAUCCCGGCUCUAUCCCGGCUCUAUCCCGGCUCUGUCCCGGCUCUGUCCCGGCUCUAUCCCGGCUCUGCCCCGGCUCUAUCCCGGCUCUGCCCCGGCUCUGCCCCGGCUCUAUCCCGGCUCUAUCCCGGCUCCGUCCCGGCUCUGUCCCGGCUCUAUCCCGGCUCUAUCCCGGCUCUGUCCCGGCUCUGCCCCGGCUCUGCCCCGGCUCUAUCCCGGCUCUGUCCCGGCUCUGUCCCGGCUCUAUCCCGGCUCCGCCCCGGCUCUGUCCCGGCUCUGUCCCGGCUCUGUCCCGGCUCUAUCCCGGCUCUGUCCCGGCUCUGUCCCGGCUCUGUCCCGGCUCUAUCCCGGCUCUAUCCCGGCUCUGUCCCGGCUCUGUCCCGGCUCUAUCCCGGCUCUGUCCCGGCUCUGUCCCGGCUCUGUCCCGGCUCUAUCCCGGCUCUAUCCCGGCUCUGUCCCGGCUCUGUCCCGGCUCUAUCCCGGCUCUGUCCCGGCUCUGUCCCGGCUCUGUCCCGGCUCUGCCCCGGCUCUAUCCCGGCUCUGCCCCGGCUCUAUCCCGGCUCUAUCCCGGCUCUAUCCCGGCUCCGUCCCGGCUCUAUCCCGGCUCUUUCCCGGCUCUAUCCCGGCUCUGUCCCGGCACGCAGUAAGUGCUCUCUCCUGCCUUUCCCCCGUCCCUUCCCAGCCUGUUUUGUUCCUUUGGCUGCCGCCGCAGCCUUUCUGCGCAUCCCGCGGGCACGGAACUUGAAAGUCUUUUUGUCGAGUUCAAAGAGUCAGAUGUUUCACAAAGUUAAUCAUCAGCAAAAUACAAAUCAAUAAAGAAUGUAUUUGCUUUAGAGAACUCUGUCUUCCAGCUCCUAUCGGGGGAGCUUGUGAAGGCUUGCAGAUUAACAGGAGAAGGAAAACCAUGGACAGACCAAUGGCUGCUGGCCAGCUCAAAGAAAAAUCGCAGUUCCAGGACAGCGAGGGCAGUGCAGUCCCUGCCAGGACUGUGUGCCAGAACUGUUCCAAGCUGAAGAUAUUUCUUGGAGCUCUAGCUUUUUCCUUUUUUGCCAAAGGAUUUUCUGGAAGCUACAUGAAGAGCAUGUCCAGCCAAAUUGAGAGGAGGUUUGAAAUCUCAUCGUCGAUUGUUGGCAUUAUUGAUGGCAGCUUUGAGAUAGGUAACUUAAUGGUGAUGGUGUUGGUGAGCUACCUUGGACCCAGGGUUCACAGGCCAAAAGUCAUUGCUGCUGGGUGUCUCAUCAUGUCUGCAGGAGCUUUUUUGUCAGUGAUGCCUCAGUUCUUGAUGGGACGCUACAAUUAUGACAGGAUAACUGUCAGUGUGGACAACUCCUCCACGAGUGUGUCAGCGUGCUCCCCAGCGUGGGCUGAGGGCCCUGCAGCCACGGAUGCUACAGGAACCCCCAGCACGGGGAUAAAUGCUGGAUGUGAGAAAACAACAAAUUCCUAUCUGUGGCUCUUUGUGUUGGUGGGGAACCUUCUACGUGGAAUUGGGGAGGCACCAAUUAUGCCCCUGGGAGUUUCAUAUAUUGAUGAUUUUUCUAAAGAAGAAAAUUCAGCAUUUUACAUAGGCCUGGUGAGAUCCUCGGGCAUGUUUGGGCCCACGCUGGGCUUCCUGCUGGGCUCGUUCUGCGCCAGCCUCUGGGUGGACGUGGGCGCCAUGGACGUGGAUGCCAUCAGCAUAAAUCCUAAGGAUUCCCGUUGGGUUGGUGCCUGGUGGCUUGGAUUGCUUAUCUGUGGAGCAGUCAACUUCAUUGCUUCAUUGCCUUUCUGGUUUUUGCCUUAUUCCUUACCAAAAGAAGGAGAGAAUGAAAACUUGAAGAUGAGUCACUUGUCUGUUCAAGAUCAGCAUAAAAUAGACCCCCCAGCUCAACCACAGUUGAAGUUCUCAGAGGCAGUAAAAGAUUUCUUGCCAGCAGUCAGGAAGCUGUUUGGAAAUCCAAUUUUUGUGGUGUUCAUCUUCCUCACUAUUCUGCAGUACAAUUCCCUUGUUGGGAUAAUAACCUAUGAGCCAAAGUUUAUGGAGCAGCAAUUUAAUAUAUCAGUGGCAAAAGCCAUCUUUCUAAUUGGCGUGGUGCUUCUACCUGUCACAAUCCUGGGGAUGUUCCUGGGAGGUUUCCUGAUCAAGAAAUUCAAGCUGCACAUAAGUGAGAUGGCCAAGUUUGCAUGCAGCUCCUUCCUGGUGGCGUACCUGCUGAACCUCCUGUACUUCACCUGCGGCUGCGAGGGGCUGCGGGUGGCCGGGCUGACCGCGCCCUACGCUGGAAUAAAGGAUGUUUCCUCCAGCAAGCACGUCUAUGUGGCCAGCUGCAAUGCUGGGUGCAGCUGCAAGGUGGACCAGUGGGACCCUGUCUGUGGGGAUAAUGGGAUCACAUACAUGACAGCCUGCUUUGCAGGGUGCAAAUCAUCAUCUGGGACAGGAAGGAAUAUGGUGUUUCACAAUUGCAGCUGUGUGGAAGGACAAGGGCUCGGGCUUGGCAAUUCCUCUGCAGUUCUGGGACAAUGCCAAAGAGAAAGCUGUACCAAAGCCUUUCCCUAUUUUUUAGCAUUACAGACUGCAUGUGCAUUUUUUUUAGCCUUAGGAGGCACUCCUACAUACAUGAUUAUGUUUAGAUCGGUUUCUCCAGACCUGAAAUCCUUUGCUGUUGGGAUAGAAACUUUGGGUGGUAGAGUACUAGGAGGACUCCCAGCCCCUAUUUAUUUUGGUGCCUUGAUAGACAAGACCUGCUUGAAAUGGGGGACAAAAAGCUGUGGGGGACCUGGAUCCUGCCGAGUCUAUGACACAAAGGAGUUCAGGAAUGUCUAUCUUGGCCUCAUUGCAGGACUGAGGGCAGGAUGCUGUCUCUUGUACUUAGUGCUCUCUGUGUUGGUUAUGAAACGCUUCAAACCAGAUGGCAAAGAGAUGACAGAUAUCAAAAAUGCAGAGAGAUCAGCCAGCAAAGAACUGGAUACAGCCAACAAAAGAGAAAUUCUUCCUGGUUCAAGAACCUCAGAGGAGAGUGAAGAAACUUAUAUGUAAAAAAGAAACAAAGCCUUUUGUAGCUUUGCCUAUGCUUCAGUUUUUCUGAGUGUGCAAGGAGUCUAAUUACUGACUGUAACAGCUAGUUUACAUUUUGGGAGUUCAAAAAGUGUCUUUGAGCACUGGCUUUUUAUUUGCUUUACCCUAUCUUCUUCCUUUUCUCAUCUGAAACAAGAAUAAGGGGAAAAGGUGUUCAAAAUUUUGGGGACCUCUCCCAUCCCCUUACUCUCAGUCCCUUUCUAGACCAACAGUAGGACAAGCCAAAAUUUUGCAAGUGUCAUAAAUGUGAUUAUGAUUCAAAAAUUAAGAAAUCCAGAACAAGCUGCUUUGCCAUUUUCCACUGAGGUUAUUUCAAGUCCUCUUGCUCUGUAUUUAGUCCUACAGCUCUCCAUGGCCAAUGAAGUUUCACUUGGGCUGCUCUGGUGUGAAAGGUAGGGGGGUUUUCCAUGAGCUUUGCCUUGUUCCCAUGUGCCAUGGCCAGGUGGGACCCCCAGGGCUGUCAGGGAGCACCUUCUGAAUUCAAACCCCACUACAACUCUGGGGUUUGGCUUCAAAGUGUUAAACAAAGUGGAAAGCAAAUGAAGAAGGAAGUGUAUUAAUUUUGCAGCACAUCUCAGAAAUGGGUUUGAGAAAGAUUACUCUGAGCUGAUGCAAUAAAGUGAUAGGUGCUUAAGUUUCUUUGA